UGUGUGCGGACCUGAAGGAGACAAGCGGGCGCAGCUUGGUGACGAUAAUGCGCGCGACGACAAGAAGAUACCGAGCGAAGGGCAGCGGGCAGGUUACUUUGAGUGACCCACCUAGCAAGUGCCCUUGCUCUCAUAUACCUGUGAAGGAGGCAGUAGAUAUAUGAAACACAAAUUAUGGCUCACUUUGGUGCUAUUGCAUCCCUUGUUCUGGCAUUUUUGGCUGCAGCUUUAUUUUCUUCUUUGCACAAAAUUGAGGAGGGGCACAUUGGAGUUUAUUACAGGGGUGGUGCACUGCUAACUACAAUCAGUGGGCCCGGUUUUCACCUCAUGCUACCUUUUAUUACCUCAUUCAGGACUGUGCAGACAACCCUGCAGACCGAUGAAGUAAAAAAUGUACCCUGUGGAACAAGUGGUGGAGUGAUGAUAUAUUUUGACAGAAUUGAAGUUGUAAACUUUUUGGUGCCAUCUGCUGUGUAUGAAAUUGUGAAGAAUUACACAGUGGAUUAUGACAAGUCACUAAUAUUCAAUAAGGUUCAUCAUGAGCUGAAUCAGUUUUGCAGUGUGCAUACACUUCAGGAAGUCUAUAUUGGUCUAUUUGAUCAAAUUGAUGAAAACCUGAAGACAGCUUUGCAGCAGGAUCUCACCACAAUGGCACCAGGACUUAUUAUCCAGGCAGUUCGAGUCACAAAGCCUAACAUUCCUGAGGCAAUUCGCAGAAACUAUGAAAUUAUGGAGAGUGAGAAAACCAAAUUGCUGAUAGCUGCACAGACCCAGAAGGUUGUAGAAAAGGAAGCUGAAACAGAAAGGAAAAGAGCUGUGAUUGAGGCUGAGAAACUUGCUCAGGUAGCAGAAAUCAAGUUCAGCCAGAAAGUCAUGGAGAAGGAGACAGAGAAGAAAAUCUCAGAGAUUGAAGAUGCUGCCUAUGUAGCAAGGGAGAAGGCACGGGCUGAUGCAGAAUAUUACACAGCUCACCGAACAGCUGAGGCAAACAAGCUGAAGCUGACUCCUGAGUACUUGCAGCUAAUGAAGUUCAAGGCAGUAGCGGCAAAUUCCAAGAUCUACUUUGGGAGUGACAUCCCUAAUGUGUUUCUUGACACAAUUUCCCCAUGUCAACAGAUUCCUGCUGCAGAUAGCAUCCCUGAGUCAGCAGCAACUGACAGCAUUAAAUAAUUCAACAACAUAAGUGUACAGGACUGCUUCAUCUGUUUUUUUUCAGAGGAUAUCUUCAGAGAAACAAGACCAGAAUUGUUAUUUUUCAAGAGUACAAGAUCAGUAUUUUUACUGUCUUCCAGGAAGAAAAUAGGCAUAUAUUGAAUAGUCCAUUGUGCUCUGAGCUGAACAGUCACCAGUGGUGAUCUGAUUAGGCCACACACUUCUGAGAAAAAUAUACCAACUAAUAAACACAACUUUGUUCCCAGUUUGGAAUUAAAGCAAAUGAUGAGAAAGACAGACUGAAACUAAUGCCAAAACAGUGAGAUUAACAGAAAAACAUUUCAUAAAAAGAAGGAAAUUUUCCACAAAUAGCUCAUAUGCCAGUGUAAAAAUAAAGCAGACUGUUGUCUGUAAAAUGAAAAAUAUGCCCACUUUUGGUUCAUUACAAAUGCAGACUUAACA